AUUCCGGUUCCAGAGAUGCUACAUAGGCACCGUGUUUCUCUAGAGGGUUCAUAAUGACAGUGAGUUUCUGGGUGAUGAUACUUAUCAGGGGAGGGAGAUGGACACCUGGAGCAUGCAAAGGUAGCUGGAGAGGGGAAAGGGGAAAAAAGGAAAAGACCAAACUGAUUUGCUGCUGAAGAUGCUUAAGUUGGGAGGAGGGGGAGGUAACAGUGGUAAGGGAAAUCUGUUCAUCUGAGACCCAGGAAAGUGAGAAGCACCUCAGGUAGGUUCAAGAAAUUAACUUACUAGGGGCAAUCUCCAGCUAAAAUUUGGGGGAUUGGUUAAGGCAUCUAGGUCACAGAGGUCACUAGGAUUUUGUUAGAGCUUCCUCCCUGCCCCCAUCUCCCCCUCCACUCCACACCCCCACAGCCCCACUGCUUCCCACUUCCCCUUCACCUCCUCCCUACCUUCCCGUUUAAUAGCUAGAACUAUAGCUUAUACACCCCUUGGUGGGUGGGGGAAAGGGGUGUGUGUACGAGGGAGAGAGUCCCUGCCCGUGUGACAGAUCCGAGCUCAGCGGAGAGUGAGAGGAUGGCACAUCACUCACCCACAGGGCAGCCUGGGAUGUUUGCUUUGCCUUCUCUGGGCUGCAGGCAGGGCUCGGGGCCAGACCCGAGCUUGGAGAAACCGAAAAAGAAAGCUUUCUAUUUGAUGAGGAUGAGACCCCUGAAGGAGCCCGCGCCUAACAACAAUGUAUCCUUCGUGAUCCACUGCCACAUAAGUAAGGAGAUUAAACACAUUUGUAGCAACUGCAGUCGCGGGGAGGACACCCGGGACGCUGAGGAAGUGGAGAGACUGGCGGCUAUGCGCUCUGACUCCUUGGUCCCUGGCACCCACACACCCCCAAUCCGGAGGAGGAGUAAGUUUGCCAACCUGGGAAGGAUUUUCAAGCCAUGGAAAUGGAGAAAGAAGAAAAGUGAGAAGUUCAAGCACACAUCAGCAGCCCUGGAAAGAAAAAUAUCAAUGAGACAAAGCAGAGAAGAGCUUAUAAAAAGAGGGGUCUUAAAGGAAAUCUAUGAUAAAGAUGGAGAACUUUCUAUAUCCAGCGAAGAUGGAUCACUGGAGAACAGUCAGUCCUUGAGCUCCAGCCAACUUUCACUUCCUGCCCUAUCAGAAAUGGAACCAGUCCCGAUGCCCAGAGAUCCCUGCUCUUAUGAGGUGCUCCAACCCUCAGACAUCAUGGAUGGGACAGUGUCUGAAGAAAGCCCCUCAGCCAGUGAGUCCGGAACCCUUCUGUCCCAAGAUCCUUCAGCUAAACCAGUCCUGCUACUUCCCCCCAAAAAAACUGCUGCUUUCUCUGGAGACCAUGAGGAGACCCCAGUGAAACAGUUGCCCCUUCUCAAGCAGCCCCCUGCCCUGCCUCCUAAACCUAUUGCCAGGAUUGCCAACCAUUUAACGGAUCCUGGUGCUCCUGUGAAAUUGCCUUGUUUGCCAGUGAAACUGUCUCCUCCGCUACCUCCAAAGAAAGUCAUGAUUUGCAUGCCUUUAGGAGGGCCUGAACUCUCCCUCGCUUCCUAUGCGGCCCAGAAGAGUGCCCAGCAGACCAUGGCUCAGCAUCACCAUACUGUCCUGCCAUCCCAGUUGCAGCACCAGCUCCAGUAUGGCAGCCACAGCCAGCACCUUCCCUCUGCCUCCAGCUCACUACCUAUGCAGCCAUCAAGUUGCAGGAUGAUAGACGAAUUGAAUAAAACUCUGGCUAUGACCAUGCAGCGACUGGAAAGUUCUGACCAGCGGGUGCCCUGUUCUUCUUCCUACCAUAGUUCUAGCUUGCACUCGGGUGAUGGCAUCACAAAAACAGGACCGAUAGGCCUUCCAGACCUAAGACAAGUGCCAACUGUUGUGAUUGAAUGUGAUGACAAUAAAGAAAAUGUGCCUCAUGAAUCUGAUUAUGAAGACUCCUCUUGCCUAUACACAAGGGAAGAGGAAGAUGAGGAUGAAGACGAAGAUGAUGACAGCUCAUUAUACACUAGUUCUCUGGCUAUGAAGGUAUGCCGAAAGGAUUCCUUGGCCAUCAAGCUCAGCAACAGACCUUCCAAGCGAGAGCUAGAAGAGAAAAAUAUUUUGCCCAGACAGACUGAUGAGGAAAGGCUGGAACUCAGACAGCAGAUUGGUACCAAGCUUACCAGGCGACUGAGCCAGAGGCCGACUGCUGAAGAGUUGGAGCAAAGGAACAUUCUGAAACCUCGGAAUGAACAAGAAGAGCAAGAAGAGAAACGAGAAAUCAAGAGGCGGCUAACUCGAAAGCUCAGUCAGAGACCAACUGUUGAAGAGCUCCGUGAAAGGAAGAUUCUCAUUCGCUUCAGUGACUACGUAGAAGUGGCUGAUGCUCAAGAUUAUGACAGGAGAGCAGAUAAGCCCUGGACUCGACUCACUGCUGCAGACAAAGCCGCCAUUCGGAAGGAGCUCAAUGAAUUUAAAAGCACUGAAAUGGAAGUUCAUGAAUUAAGUAGACAUCUAACAAGGUUUCAUCGACCGUAGCAGUUGAAUUCCACUCGAAUGCUAUGCGGUCUUCAAAACAUGAAUUUAUAAGAACCAUAAGUGCUGGUAUUAUUCACUUCUCCCAUUACCAUGUAAAUCUUCUGAACUGCCUUUUUUUAAAAGAAGAGAAAAGAAGAAAAAAUAAACAUAAUGAGGAUUAUACAUA